UGCUGCGCUCGCUCUUUCGCUCGCUCUGGAUCCGAGGCUGCUGAGACUCAGCCCGAGCGCUUUCAGCUGGGUUUGACUCCUGUCGCUUCCCGUCUCCCCGAACCGGCACCGCCACCGCCACUGUCGGAGACGCUGUUGGACCCUAGCCGUCGCCGUUCCCCGCUCCCUGGCUCCUCGGCCCCCGGCCCAGUCACCGGCGAGUCGGGGGCUGGGGGCGUCCACGAGAGCGCCCAAGCAUCCUUGGGGCCCGAAGGGUCAGAUGGAAAGACUUGAAAUGGGAAUUAAAAUGUAUAGCCAAGAAGAAGUAGCUAUUCUUCGUUGUUGGAAGUGUAGAAAAUGUAUAGCAAAUUCCGAUUGUUUCACAAACUGUGUUGGAAAUCAGUUGUCAGAGCAGAAUGGUCAUGAUUUAACUGCUAUACCUCAAAAUACUUGUAAUGUGUGGCACGUGAAUAUAGAAGUCCUUCCAGAAUGGAUGAAUUGUGUGCUAGAAAAGGCCCAGUGGACAAUUGGAAAACUGAAUUGCCCAUUUUGUGGGGCCCGUUUGGGGGGCUUUAACUUCAUCAGCAGCCCAAAAUGUUCCUGUGGUCAAUUUGUAACUGUACGUCUUUGCAAGAGCAGGACAGAUUACCAGCCUAUUCCUGUAAUCAGACUAACGAGACCAUCAGUAAAAUACUCGUCACUUUAUAGAGUUCAGUCAGGCCUUGACAAGGAGAAUACACUCAAAAGUACAGGUGUUGCCUGGGAGAACAGAAAUCAAGGGCUUUUAAACAUGGCCCAAAAUAAUAAUGUUCCCGGAAGAUUAACUGAAGCUCUUUGCCUGGAGGUGCGAUCAACCAAUUUUGAGAGGAAGAGUGAAAAACUGCACUUCAAAGCAUCUAAUCCAAAAUACUGUCUUUUUGUGCCCCAGUCUGUGAAUGACAGAUGCAGUAUAAGAGCUUUUCAUAGAAAAUCACAUAGUUUGGAUCUGAACAUCAGAGAGAAACUGGCCUUAUUGCCUACUUUAUAUGAAACACAUGGUAAGAUUCCUGCCUGUAACAGGCUAAAUGAAACACAGCCUUUUGACCCUCAUGGCUUGUAUGUAGGUUCUAGUAAAAAUAGUCAUUCCUCUCCGGAUUCAUCCAGUUUUGAUGGUAAUGGGCUACUGCAAAGAUUUUCAGUGCCUUCCUGUAAUACUCUAAGACAAAGAGAAGAAGAGUUUCAGUGUGGUUUAGAAGCUUCCAUUGGACAUGCUCACCAUAAUACUAUAGAUGAACUGCCUUUCCGGAUGGACUUCCCUGUAGCUGUCAGUGGUGUGGAUGAGCCUGGUGACCAGGAGGAAGGCAUUGCAUCUAUUGGCUUCUUACAAUCUGCUGGCUUCUCCUUGGGUGCCAUUAAUCAAAGGCUAAGCAAAAGAGAGAGAAACAAGUUAAAGAAUCUGAGAAGGAAGCAACGAAGACAUCAAAGAUGGCUCCAGAAACAGACUUUGAAUAAUGAUAUGAGUACAGAUGAUGACAAUGAAUGUACAGAAGAAAAGGAAAGCUACAUCUGUGCCGUGUGUCUGGAUGUUUAUUUCAACCCAUAUAUGUGCUAUCCUUGCCACCACAUCUUCUGUGAACCUUGCCUCCGGACCCUGGCCAAAGACAACCCGACGAGCACACCCUGUCCAUUGUGUCGGACAAUCAUUUCUAGAGUCUUUUUCCAGACAGACCUGAACAAUGCUACAAAAACAUUCUUUACUAAGGAAUACUUGAAAAUAAAGCAAAGCUUUCAGAAAUCCAAUUCAGCAAAAUGGCCCCUACCGAGUUGCAGAAAAGCAUUCCAUCUCUUUGGAGGUUUCCGUAGACGUGCAGAUCCAGUUACAAGGAGACAGUUUCCACAUGGUGCUCACAGAAUGGAUUAUAUGCACUUUGAGGAUGACAGCCGUGCAUGGUGGUUUGACAUGGACAUGGUUAUCAUCUAUAUCUAUUCAGUAAACUGGGUCAUUGGAUUCAUUGUUUUCUGCUUUCUUUGCUAUUUUUUCUUUCCGUUUUAGGAAUUUUCACAUCUUAAUAAAGUUAAACAAUUAUAUAAAGCCUUGAUUAUGUAAAUAGCAGUGACUUAAAGAAAAUAAGUCUUUUUAAAGUUUUCUGAAGUUUUUAUAUGUUACAGUAUAUUGAAUAAUUUGGUCUAUACAAAGCCUGGGAUUGAUGAACUUACAUAUUGAUGUUUGUCAUGUAGACAACAGCUGAACUUAACUCAAGAUCAAGCCUAUCUAUCCAGUAUAUCGCACAGCACUGUUAAUCCCAUAAUAGUUUUAAAUAGUUUUUGUUUGCGUUUUUGCAAUUCUCACCUUUCUACAUUUGUCUUUAAUUUGAAAAGAUGCUUUCUCCUUUAAAAAAAAUAAGUUUGGUAACAAUAAUGAAGCAUUAAUCUAUAUAGAGAAUAUUCUUUAUUGUUUGAACAUACACCCAGUCAAUUCCUGAUUAUUCUUAGGCAAAGGCCUUGAAGAGAAACCACACUCCUCAGAAACUAACCCAGGAAAAAAGAACUAUUUUGAACUUCAGGUUAUUCCCUCUCAUUAACAUGGAUAACUGGAAGCUGGCUAUACUUCCUUUGGGCUCUUUUUUAUAUGAUAAUUUCAAGCACCAGGAGGGAAAAAAAGCAGGGUACAUUGAGAAUAAUACCUGCCAAUAAGAAGGAAGUAAAUGUCUCUUUUUAGGAAAUAACUCUUAAAACUUCUACCUACAACUUUGUGACCUUAAGAAAUAAUGUGCUAAGUGAGUUUCGGUCUCCUGAUGAAGGAACACAUGACCCUAAUUCAUUUAAUUUAGUGAUUAGCUUUCUUAGAUGAGUUAAGUAAAAUAUUCUUUGAAUGUGCAAUAAAAAGUCACUUGUUAUUCACUGAUGGACUUCCUAGGACAAGGACUUGUUUGAAGCAAACAGCAGAGAGUGAUUUUCCUUCUAUAAAUUGUAACAUUUGUCUCUAUUCAUUCCUAUAACCUGUAAUUUCUAGCAGGUUUGAAAGCUUCAAACCAGGUGUCCCCAUGAUAAAGCUAAAAAGCCUGAAGCACAAAGAAAGCUUGCACACUGUAAGCACAACCUGUCUAAAGAGCUUUUCCCCUCCUAAGUUUUGUAUCUGAAAUAACGCACCAGGCCUAUUUCUGUUCUAGGUAGGUAGACACAUUAAUAAGCUAGAAAUAGUCACUUAAUGACAGCACAGAAACAUUGAAGAUGUAUUUUCAAUCUGCCUUAGCAAGAGAAAUGAAAAAACAAAAGCUUAACAAGGCAUUUUUAAUGAAGACCUCCCAUCUCUAGAUAUCCUUUACUCUAUCACUCUAUCCAAGCCCACUAUCUUCAGUAUAUUGUGAUAAUCAUAUUUUAGCUCAACUACCUACUCAUCAACAUGGAUUGUAUGAAUAUUUGAUGUUUUUAACAUAACAUGCAUUUAGUUUUGAAAUUAAUGUUUUAAUUAUGUAGAUGAGGCAGCAUGUUAUAGUGAUUAGUGUCCUGGACAUAGGAAGCAAAACCUGUGUUCAAAUUCUGCCUCUGACAGACGUUUGGUGGACCCUGGUCAAGGCACUUAACCUCUGUGUGCCUCAGGCAACUUUCUGGGACUUAAGCACUAAGUCACAAACAAAUUUUGAUCUUCAGUCUGCAGAGGAAUUUCCCACAUUGGAUGUUCUCUACACUGAAAAAAAAUCACACAUGCUUCAUAUAUCAUAUAAUUUUGUAGAUAUGAACAAGCAUUAUUAAUGUAUGCUAUAUAAUUAUAUUACAUGGCACUUUUUCCCCCAAUGUAUUUUUACAUCUGUUCGUUUUUCCCUUGUACCAUCUGUAUAUAAUGCAGAAAUGGAAAAGGAAACCAAGGCAUGAAGAUAAUUCUUAUGACUUGUGUAAAGUCACAAAUAGCAGGUCUGAUAAAACUGCUGAGUGUUCACACUACCUGAUUUUUACCACAAUGCUCUUUCAAAUAAACCAUACUCAAUGAAAAUAUUUCAAAAAAUAAAUCUUAAUCUUAAUGUCUUCCAUGAAGUGGAAUUUUUUUUUCUUUCAUUCAUAGAAAUACUAAAUAAUACCUAUGAAAGGCCCCUGAAGAACAGUGCAUUCAUUUGGUAAGCCUUUUAUUGGUGCUUAUCUGAGUGUUGGGAAAUACUUUAAAAUAUUAGACAUUUUUUAAAAAUAAAUGGCAUUUAGUGAACUAAACAGCAUGGUUUUAUUAAGAAUAAAUCAUGUUUUAGAAUGAGGUUGAUUAAAAAGCAAAACUGCCUCAGGAAUGGACUUCUUACUACAAGUCAUUAAUAGGACCUUGGACAGUUCAGCAGAUGUCUUUCAGUCUUGGUUUCCUCGCCUAUAAAAUGAGAGUGGCAAAUUGCAAAAAUGUCUGUUCUGUAAUGCACUUUGAGUCUAACAAUUUGUGUAAAUAAAUGAUUAGAACAUA